CAGGACUGACUGGGCCAAAGCGGCCGUGUCCUCGCGGGCCACCGGGAGCUUGUCAUGGCGGUUCCUGCGGCGGCCAUGGGGCCCUCGGCGCUGGGCCAGAGUGGUCCUGGCUCAAUGGCUCCCUGGUGCUCAGUGACCAGCGGCCCAACACGCUACGUGCUGGGAAUGCAGGAGCUGUUUCGCGGCCACAGCAAGACGCGCGAGUUCCCUGCGCAUAGCGCCAAGGUGCACUCAGUGGCCUGGAGCUGCGACGGGCGUCGCCUUGCCUCGGGGUCCUUCGACAAGACGGCCAGCGUAUUCCUGCUGGAGAAGGACCGGUUGGUUAAAGAAAACAAUUAUCGGGGACAUGGGGAUAGUGUGGACCAGCUUUGUUGGCACCCAAGUAAUCCUGACCUCUUUGUCACCGCGUCUGGAGACAAAACCAUUCGCAUCUGGGAUGUGAGGACUACGAAAUGCAUUGCCACUGUGAACACUAAAGGGGAGAACAUUAAUAUCUGCUGGAGUCCCGAUGGACAGACCAUUGCUGUGGGCAACAAGGAUGAUGUGGUGACCUUUAUUGAUGCCAAGACACACCGUUCCAAAGCGGAGGAGCAGUUCAAGUUUGAAGUCAAUGAAAUCUCUUGGAAUAAUGACAAUAACAUGUUCUUCCUGACAAAUGGCAAUGGUUGUAUCAACAUCCUCAGCUACCCAGAGCUGAAGCCUGUGCAGUCCAUCAAUGCCCAUCCUUCCAACUGCAUCUGCAUCAAAUUUGACCCCAUGGGGAAGUACUUUGCCACAGGAAGUGCAGAUGCUUUGGUCAGCCUUUGGGAUGUGGAUGAGUUAGUGUGUGUUCGGUGCUUUUCCAGGCUGGAUUGGCCUGUGAGGACCCUCAGUUUUAGCCAUGAUGGAAAAAUGCUGGCAUCAGCUUCAGAAGAUCAUUUUAUUGACAUUGCUGAAGUAGAGACAGGAGACAAGCUAUGGGAGGUGCAGUGUGAGUCCCCGACCUUCACCGUGGCUUGGCACCCCAAAAGGCCUCUGCUGGCAUUUGCCUGUGAUGACAAAGAUGGCAAAUAUGACAGCAGUCGGGAAGCAGGAACUGUGAAGCUGUUUGGGCUUCCUAAUGACUCCUGAUAGGGGGACCUGAUGUAGGGAGAGGAGGCACUGGCAGAGGCCUUCCUUUGUGUGUUAGUUUGGUCUGUUCUCUUGGAGUUGGUGGGCACCUCAAGUAUUUGUAAAUUGGUAUAAAUUAUAUACGUCUUUGUCAGUCUGCCUAUUCCAGUUCCCUUCUUGUAUUAUGAGCUCUUCCCAUUCUUCCCACCCUGCAGGAGGGCUCUGCAUGAUAACACCAGCAUAUCUUGUCCUCUGGGGACCUCCUGUCUUCCCUGCUUUUAGAUGUAUGGUAGACUUUGUUGUGUUUGUUUCUGUGUGGACAAUACCUACUUUGGGGGAGUGAGUGAGGGAGGGUGAGAUGGGGAUGGAGAUUUUUUAUAAUAAAGAAAUGUACAUACUUUUGAGAAUUGAGCAUUUAAUAAAACUGAAUUUAAUUAUGGGACUUCUAAGACUUGAAAA